UUUAUUUUCAAAAUCUGAUGGUGAAGCUUGGGUGGUUUGUGACGAAACUUUCGCGUGAAACUGUCACGAUUGAGCUGAAGAAUAAUACUAUUGUUACUGGAACAAUUGUGGAGGCUGACACUGCAAUGAACAUUCAUCUGCGUAGUGUGCAAAUGUCGGUUAAUGCUUAUAAGAAGUACGAAUUGGAUUCUAUUUCAAUUCGAGGGAAUAACAUUCGCACCAUUAUCUUGCCGGAUUCUUUGCCAUUGGACGUUUUACUGAUUGAUGAUGAGCCGCGAUUCAAGUCACAGCAGCGUCGUAUGUCUGGACGUGGUCGUGGAGCUGCUCCGCGUGGUUAUGGGAGGCCGUCAAAUCGUGGUGGUGGCUCUGGUAAUGGUGGGGCUCGUUCAUACAGCAGUGGUAGAUCUUCGACUUAUAGCAGUGGUGGUGGAUCUCGUUAUAGCAAUGGUGGUGGUGGUGGUGGAGGGGAUAAUUAUCGUCGGCGCUAAUUGGAAAGAAUUUAAAUAUUUGAGGAUAUUGAGGAUCUUUUAUUGAUAUUAUAUUUGCUAUAGAAAUAUUUUGUUGUAUUGUAUGAGUAAAUUUAUUUCAGAAUAUUGUUUGCAAUAUUAUAAGUUUUAACGUACUUUAUUAAUAUUUUUCACCGUGAAAAUUUUUAGGGGGUUUCUAAUUUACUUAGAUGAGUUGUCUUCCAUCUUCCACAAAAUUCCUCUUAUUUUUACUGCAUUUCUGCCCUCUUCCUCUUAUUUU